GCCGCCUCCGUGCGCGGGGGCCCGGCCACUCGGAGCAGCUCUGCCGCGGGGACUGCACUGCCCGCCCUGCCGGACCCGCCCCGAUCGGGGCUCGCCGCCGCCAGCAGCCGCAGCACCGCAGCCUCGGGCCCGCGCCGACUAUGGCUGUGCCCUGGGGCUGAGCGCGCAGGCUGUGUGACCGAGAUCCCGACAAGAGAGACUGAGGGGAGGAGAGGAAGGAGGGGCGGGCUCCUGGCAAGGCAUUCGCUCCCGAACGGAAUCCUGCAAAGAUGGAGAAGGAGGAAGAAGCAACCCGGGAGCUGCUGCUGCCCAACUGGCAGGGCAGCGGCUCCCACGGGCUGACCAUUGCCCAGAGAGAUGAUGGCGUCUAUGUGCAGGAGGUGAUGCAGAACUCCCCUGCGGCCCGCACUGGGGUGGUCAAGGAGGGGGACCAGAUUGUGGGUGCCACCAUCUACUUUGACAACCUGCAGUCGGGCGAGGUGACCCAGCUGCUGAACACCAUGGGGCACCACACGGUGGGCCUGAAGCUGCACCGCAAGGGGGACCGCUCCCCCGAGCCCGGCCAGACCUGGACCCAUGAAGUCUUCAGCUCCCGCAGCUCUGAAGUGGUUCUGAGCGGGGAUGAUGAGGAGUACCAGCGCAUCUACACCACGAAGAUCAAGCCUCGGCUGAGGUCAGAGGACGGAGUGGAAGGGGACCUUGGGGAGACCCAGAGCCGCACCAUCACAGUGACCAGAAGGGUCACGGCCUACACUGUGGAUGUGACCGGCCGAGAAGGAGCCAAGGACAUCGACAUCAGCAGCCCUGAAUUCAAGAUCAAGAUCCCAAGGCAUGAACUGACUGAAAUCUCCAAUGUGGAUGUGGAGACCCAGUCAGGGAAGACAGUGAUCAGACUGCCCUCAGGCUCAGAGGCAGCCUCUCCAGCCACGGGCUCUGCGGUGGAGAUCCAAGCAGGGCCCAUUUCUGCUUCGGGACCAGAGUUCCAAGGUGCUGGCCACUCGAAGCUCCAAGUCACCAUGCCUGGGAUAAAGGUGGGAAGCUCAGGCGUCACUGUCAGUACAAAGGGCAUAGACUUGGGUGGCAGAGGAGGGGUCCAAGUGCCAGCAUCGGACAUUUCGUCUUCUCUUGGGGGUGGGGCAGUGGAGGUGCAGGGCCCAUCCCUCGAGAGUGGUGAUAAUGGGAAAAUUAAAAUUCCCACCAUGAAGGCGCCAAAAUUUGGUGUCUCUACAGGGCCCGAGGGCCAGGCACCAGCGGCCAGGCUGAGUGUUUCUGCACCUGAAUUCUCUGUGGGGCACCAGGGCAGCAGGCCAGGCUCGACCAUCAGUGGGAGUGUCCAGGCCCCUCAGCUGGAAGUCAGUGCCCCCUCUGCCAAUGUAGAGGGGCUUGAGAGGAAGCUGAAGGGCCCCCAAAUCACUGGGCCAUCACUUGAGGGUAACCUAGGCUUGAAAGGUGCCAAGCCACAGGGGAGCAUUGGGGUGCACACCUCUGCUCCCAAAAUCGGGGGCAGCAUCACCGGCCCCAGCGUGGCAGUUUGUGUCCCUGAUGUUGAUGUUCAUGGGCCUGGGGGCAAACUGAAUGUGCCCAAGAUGGAAGUCCCCAAAUUCUCUGUAUCAGGUUCAAAGGGAAAGGGAGCUGGCAUUGAGGUGACACUGCCCACAGGUGAAGUGACUCUUCCUGGAGUCUCUGGGGAUGUCAGUCUGCCCGAGAUUGCUACUGGUGGGCUGGAAGGGAAGAUGAAAGGUGCUAAAGUCAAGACUCCUGAAAUGAUAAUUCAGAAACCUAAAAUCUCUAUGCAGGAUGUGGAUCUGAGCCUCGGGUCUUCUAAACUGAAAGGAGAUGUUAAAGUUUCCGCUCCUGGGGUGCAAGGUGAUGUCAAAGGGCCUCAAGUGGCAGUUAAAGGCACCAGAGUGGACCUAGAGACACCGAACCUAGAGGGGACCUUGACAGGCCCCAAGCUUGGCAGUCCUUCUGGAAAAACAGGAACCUGUAGGAUCUCUAUGGCAGAUGUAGAUUUAAGUGCUGCAGCACCUAAAGUGAAAGGGGGUAUAGAUGUCACACUCCCAAAAGUAGAAGGGAAAGUCAAAGUCCCAGAAGUUGAUGUCAAAGGCCCCAAAGUGGAUGUCACUGCACCAGAUGUGGACGUUCAUGGCCCAGAAUGGAACCUGAAAAUGCCCAAGAUGAAAAUGCCCAAGUUUGGCACUCCGGGAGUCAAAGGCGAAGGCCCAGGUGUAGACGUGACGCUACCCAAAGGAGAUGUCAAUAUUUCAGGGCCCAAGGUCAAUGUGGAAGCCCCAAAUAUCAACAUGGAGGGUCUGGGGGUCAAACUUAAAGACUCUGAUGUUAAGCUGCCUGAUGUGAGUGUCAAGACACCAAAAGUCUCCAUGCCUGAUGUAGAUUUGGGUGUUAAAGGCCCAAAGGUGAAGGGAGAGUAUGAUGUAACAGUACCAAAGCUUGAAGGAGAAUUGAAAGGCCCCAAAGUGGGCAUUGAUGUCCCAGAUGUGGAUGUUCAUGGCUCAGACUGGCACCUGAAGAUGCCCAAGAUGAAAAUGCCCAAAUUCAGUGUGCCAGGGUUCAAAACAGAGGGCCCAGGAGUGGAUGUGAAUCUGCCCAAGGCUGAUGUGGACAUUUCCGGGCCCAAGUUGGAUGUUAGUGCUCCAGAGGUUAGCAUUGAGGGACCAGAAGGGAAAUUGAAAGGGCCCAAGUUUAAGAUGCCCGAGAUGAAUAUCAAAGCCCCGAAGAUCUCCAUGCCUGAUGUGGACUUACAUUUGAAAGGCCCUAGUGUAAAGGGAGAAUACGAUGUUACAAUGCCAAAGGCUGAAGGUGAGAUUAAAGUUCCUGAUGUUGAACUUAAAAGUGCCAAAGUGGACAUUGAUGCCCCAGAUGUGGAUGUUCAAGGACCAGACUGGCACCUGAAGAUGCCCAAGAUGAAAAUGCCCAAGUUCGGCAUGCCUGGUUUCAAAGCAGAGGGUCCAGAAGUGGAUGUGAAGCUGCCUAAGGCUGACAUUGAUGUCUCAGGACCCAAAAUGGAUGUUGAAGUUCCAGAUGUGAAUAUCGAAGGACCUGAAGGAAAGCUGAAGGGUCCCAAGUUUAAGAUGCCAGAGAUGAACAUCAAGGCCCCCAAGAUCUCCAUGCCUGAUAUGGAUUUACAUAUGAAAGGGCCCAAGGUGAAGGGAGAGUAUGAUGUAACAGUACCAAAGCUGGAAGGGGACCUGAAAGGCCCAAAAGUAGAUGUCAGUGCCCCAGAUGUUGAAAUGCACGGUCCUGAUUGGAACCUGAAGAUGCCAAAGAUUAAAAUGCCUAAAUUUAGCAUGCCCAGCCUCAAAGGAGAAGGCACAGAAUUGGAUGUGAACCUACCCAAAGCUAACGUGGACAUUUCUGCACCAAAGGUAGAUAUUAGUGCCCCAGAUCUGAGCCUUGAAGGACCAGAAGGAAAGUUGAAAGGCCCUAAGUUUAAGAUGCCCGAGAUGCACUUCAAAGCACCUAAGAUGUCUAUGCCAGAUGUUGACCUGGAUCUUAAAGGACCCAAAAUGAAAGGAAAUGUAGAUAUAUCUGCACCAAAAAUAGAAGGUGAAAUGAAUGUUCCAGAUGUAGACAUCAAAGGUCCCAAGGUAGACAUUAAAGCACCAGAUGUGGAUGUUCAAGGCCCAGACUGGAGCCUGAAAAUGCCAAAGAUGAAAAUGCCCAAGUUCAGCAUGCCUAGCCUCAAAGGUGAGGGUCCAGAUGUGGAUGUGAACCUGCCUAAAGCUGACAUUGAUGUCUCAGUACCCAAGGUUGACAUUGAAGCCCCAGAUGUGAGCCUUGAAGGUCCAGAUGGGAAGCUGAAGGGUCCCAAGUUUAAGAUGCCUGAAAUGCACUUCAAAGCCCCCAAGAUCUCCAUGCCUGAUGUGGACUUACACUUGAAAGGCCCCAAAGUCAAAGGGGAUAUGAAUGUGUCUGUGCCCAAGGUAGAAGGCGAAAUGAAAGUGCCAGAUGUUGACAUCAAAGGCCCCAAAGUGGACAUUGAUGUCCCAGAUGUUGAUGUUCAUGGCCCAGACUGGAACUUGAAAAUGCCGAAGAUGAAAAUGCCCAAGUUCAGCAUGCCUGGCUUCAAAGCAGAAGGUCCAGAAGUGGAUGUGAACUUGCCCAAGGCUGACAUUGAUGUCUCAGGACCCAAGGUGGACACUGAAGUCCCUGAUGUGAGCCUUGAGGGUGCAGAAGGGAAGCUGAAGGGUCCCAAGUUUAAGAUGCCUGAGAUGCACUUCAAGACCCCUAAGAUCUCCAUGCCUGAUGUGGACUUACACUUGAAAGGCCCCAAAGUCAAAGGGGAUAUGGAUGUGUCUGUGCCCCAGACAGAAGGUGAAAUGAAAGUGCCAGAUGUUGACAUCAAAGGCCCCAAAGUGGACAUUGAUGUUCCAGAUGUUGAUGUUCAUGGCCCUGACUGGAACCUGAAGAUGCCCAAGAUGAAAAUGCCCAAGUUCAGCAUGCCCGGCUUCAAAGCAGAAGGUCCAGAAGUGGAUGUGAACUUGCCCAAGGCCGACAUUGAUGUCUUGGGACCCAAGGUGGACAUUGAAGUCCCUGAUGUGAGCCUUGAGGGUCCAGAGGGGAAGCUGAAGGGUCCCAAGUUUAAAAUGCCUGAGAUGCACUUCAAAGCCCCUAAGAUCUCCAUGCCUGAUGUGGACCUGAAUCUUAAAGGGCCCAAACUAAAGGGAGAUGUGGAUGUGUCUUUGCCUGAGGUAGAAGGUGAAAUGAAAGUGCCAGAUGUUGACAUUAAAGGGCCCAAAGUUGACAUUAGUGCUCCAGAUGUUGAUGUUCAUAGCCCAGACUGGCACCUGAAGAUGCCCAAAAUGAAAAUGCCGAAGUUCAGCAUGCCCAGUUUCAAAGGAGAGGGCCCAGAAGUGGAUGUAAACCUACCCAAGGCCAACAUUGAUGUCUCAGGACCCAAGGUGGAUGUUGAAGUUCCAGAUGUGAAUAUUGAAGGUCUGGAUGCGAAACUAAAAGGUCCCAAAUUUAAGAUGCCAGAAAUGAAUAUAAAGCCUCAGAAAAUAUCUAUGCCAGAUGUUGGUUUGCAUUUGAAAGGUCCUAAAAUGAAAGGAGAUUAUGAUGUUACAGCUCCAAAACUAGAGGGAGAGAUAAAAGCUCCUGAUGUUGAUAUCAAAGGCCCAAAAGUUGACAUUAAUGCACCAGAUGUGGAAGUUCAUGGUCCAGACUGGCACCUGAAGAUGCCCAAGGUGAAAAUGCCCAAGUUCAGCAUGCCUGGCUUCAAAGGCGAGGGCCCAGAAGUUGAUGUGAACCUGCCCAAAGCUGACAUUGAUGUCUCAGGACCCAAGGUGGACAUUGGUGCUGCAGAUGUGAAUCUUGAAGCUCCAGAGGGAAAACUAAAAGGCCCUAAGUUCAAGAUGCCAAGCAUGAGUAUACAGACACACAAAAUCUCUAUGCCUGAUGUUGGACUUAAUCUGAAAGCACCUAAAAUGAAAACUGAUGUAGAUGUUUCCCUUCCCAAAGUAGAAGGAGACUUGAAAGGUCCUGAAAUUGAUGUGAAAGCCCCUAAGAUGGAUGUUAAUGUUGGUGAUAUUGAUAUUGAAUGUCCAGAAGGAAAGUUAAAAGGCCCGAAGUUUAAGAUGCCAGACAUGCACUUCAAGGGCCCCAAGAUCUCCAUGCCUGAUGUGGAUUUACACUUGAAAGGCCCCAAAGUCAAAGGGGAUAUGGAUGUGUCUGUGCCCAAGGUAGAAGGCGAAAUGAAAGUGCCAGAUGUUGACAUCAAAGGACCCAAAGUAGACACUGAUGUCCCAGAUGUUGAUGUUCAUGGCCCAGACUGGCACCUGAAGAUGCCCAAGAUGAAAAUGCCCAAGUUCAGCAUGCCCGGUUUCAAAGGUGAGGGCCCAGAUGUGGAUUUGAGCCUGCCCAAGGCCGACAUUGAUGUGUCUGGACCCAGUGUGGACAUUGAUGCUCCUGAUUUGGAUAUUGAGGGGCCAGAAGGAAAAUUGAAAGGCUCCAAAUUUAAGAUGCCCAAAUUGAAUAUCAAAGCUCCCAAGAUAUCCAUGCCAGAUGUGGACUUGAAUUUGAAGGGACCCAAAGUGAAAGGAGAGAUUGAUGCUUCUGUACCAGAACUGCAAGGUAAUCUCAGUAGCCCGCAAGUUGAUAUCAAAGGUCCUCGUGUAGAUGUGGAGGUGCCUGAUGUUGAUCUGGAGUGUCCUGAUGCCAAGUUGAAAGGCCCCAAGUUUAAGAUGCCAGACAUGCACUUCAAGGCCCCCAAGAUCUCCAUGCCUGAUGUGGACUUACACUUAAAAGGCCCCAAAGUCAAAGGGGAUAUGGAUGUGUCCGUGCCAAAAUUGGAAGGAGAUUUGAAAGGCCCCAGCGUGGAUGUGGAGGUGCCUGAUGUUGAUCUGGAGUGUCCUGAUGCCAAGUUGAAAGGCCCCAAGUUUAAGAUGCCAGACAUGCACUUCAAGGGCCCCAAGAUCUCCAUGCCUGAUGUGGACUUACACUUAAAAGGCCCCAAAGUCAAAGGGGAUAUGGAUGUGUCCGUGCCAAAAUUGGAAGGAGAUUUGAAAGGCCCCAGCAUGGAUGUGGAGGUGCCUGAUGUUGAUCUGGAGUGUCCUGAUGCCAAGUUGAAAGGCCCCAAGUUUAAGAUGCCAGACAUGCACUUCAAGGCCCCCAAGAUCUCCAUGCCUGAUGUGGACUUACACUUAAAAGGCCCCAAAGUCAAAGGGGAUAUGGAUGUGUCUGUGCCCAAGGCAGAAGGUGAAAUGAAAAUGCCAGAUGUUGAUAUCAAAGGGCCAAAAGUGGAUAUUGAUGUCCCAGAUGUUGAUGUUCAUGGCCCAGACUGGCACCUGAAGAUGCCCAAGAUGAAAAUGCCAAAGUUCAGCAUGCCCAGUUUUAAAGCAGAGGGCCCAGAUGUGGAUGUGAAAGUGCCCAAGGCUGACAUUGAUGUCUCGGGACCCAAGGUGGACAUUGAAGCCCCAGAUGUGAGCCUUGAGGGUCCAGAAGGGAAAUUGAAAGGUCCCAAGUUUAAGAUGCCUGAAAUGCACUUCAAGGGCCCCAAGAUCUCCAUGCCUGAUGUGGACUUAAAUCUAAAAGGCCCCAAAGUCAAAGGGGAUAUGGAUGUCUCCGUGCCAAAAUUGGAAGGAGAUUUGAAAGGCCCCAGCGUGAAUGUGGAGGUGCCUGAUGUUGAUUUGGAGUGUCCAGAAGGAAAGUUGAAAGGCCCCAAGUUUAAGAUGCCAGACAUGCACUUCAAGGCCCCCAAGAUCUCCAUGCCUGAUGUGGACUUACACUUAAAAGGCCCCAAAGUCAAAGGGGAUAUGGAUGUGUCUGUGCCCAAGGUAGAAGGUGAAAUGAAAAUGCCAGAUGUUGACAUCAAAGGACCCAAAGUAGACACUGAUGUCCCAGAUGUGGAUGUUCAUGGCCCAGACUGGCACCUGAAGAUGCCCAAGAUGAAAAUGCCCAAGUUCAGCAUGCCCGGUUUCAAAGGUGAGGGCCCAGAUGUGGAUGUGAGCCUGCCCAAGGCUGACAUUGAUGUCUCGGGACCCAAGGUGGACAUUGAAGUCCCUGAUGUGAGCCUUGAGGGUCCAGAGGGGAAACUGAAGGGUCCCAAGUUUAAGAUGCCUGAGAUGCACUUUAAGGCUCCGAAGAUCUCCAUGCCUGAUGUUGAUUUUAACUUAAAGGGCCCUAAAAUCAAAGGCGAUGUUGAUGUUUCUGCCCCAAAGCUGGAGGGAGAUUUAAAGGGUCCAGAACUGGAUGUCAAGGGCCCCAAAUUGGAUGUUGACAUGCCAGAAGUAGCUGUGGAAGGCCCAGAUGGCAAAUGGAAAAGUCCCAAGUUCAAAAUGCCAGACAUGCACUUUAAAGCUCCCAAAAUCUCCAUGCCAGACAUCGAUCUACACUUAAAGAGUCCCAAGGUAAAGGGAGAAGUGGAUGUAGAUGUUCCCAAAUUGCAAGGUGACCUCAAAGGGCCACAUGUGGACAUGAGUGGGCCAGACAUUGACAUAGAAGGCCCAGAGGGCAAAUUGAAAGGGCCCAAGUUCAAAAUGCCUGAUAUGCACUUCAAAGCCCCCAAUAUUUCUAUGCCUGAUGUUGACCUAAAUCUGAAAGGACCAAAAAUCAAGGGGGAUGUGGAUGUGUCUGUGCCUGAGGUAGAAGGUAAAAUUAAAGUACCAGAUGUGAACAUCAAGGGCCCCAAAAUAGAUGUUGAUGCUCCCGAUGUUCACGGCCCAGACUGGCACCUGAAGAUGCCCAAGAUGAAAAUGCCCAAGUUCAGCAUGCCUGGCUUCAAAGGAGAAGGUCCAGAAGUGGAUGUGAACCUGCCCAAGGCUGACCUUGAUGUCUCAGGACCCAAAGUGGACAUUCAAGGCCCUGAUGUUAAUAUUGAAGGACCAGAAGGAAAGCUGAAAGGGCCUAAGUUCAAGAUGCCUGAGAUGAACAUCAAAGCCCCCAAGAUCUCCAUGCCUGACUUUGAUUUGCAUCUAAAAGGUCCCAAGGUGAAAGGUGAUGUGGAUGUUUCUCUACCCAGAGUGGAGGGUGACCUUAAGGGCCCUGAAGUUGAUAUCAAAGGCCCCAAAGUGGACAUCAAUGCCCCAGACGUUGAUGUGCAAGGCCCAGACUGGCACUUGAAGAUGCCCAAGAUGAAAAUGCCGAAGUUCAGCAUGCCUGGCUUCAAAGGUGAGGGCCCAGAAGUUGAUGUGAACCUGCCCAAGGCUGACAUUGAUGUCUCAGGACCCAAAGUGGAUGUUGAGGGCCCUGAUGUUAACAUUGAGGGACCAGAGGGAAAGUUGAAAGGGCCUAAGUUCAAGAUGCCUGAGAUGAACAUCAAAGCCCCCAAGGUCUCCAUGCCAGAGUUCGAUUUACACUUGAAAGGUCCUAAAGUAAAGGGCGAUAUGGAUGUUUCUCUGCCUAAGGUGGAAGGUGACCUCAAGGGCCCUGAAGUGGACAUUAAGGUCCCCAAAGUGGACAUAAAUGCCCCGGAUGUUGAUGUUCAAGGCCCGGACUGGCACCUGAAGAUGCCCAAGAUAAAAAUGCCAAAGUUCAACAUGCCUGGCUUCAAAGGUGAGGGCCCAGAUGUCGAUGUAAACCUGCCCAAGGCUGACAUUGAUGUCUCAGGACCCAAAGUGGAUGUUGAAUGUCCUGAUGUGAACAUUGAAGGACCUGAAGGAAAGUGGAAAAGCCCAAAGUUUAAGAUGCCUGAAAUGCAUUUUAAGACUCCAAAGAUAUCGAUGCCAGAUAUUGACCUUAAUCUAACAGGUCCAAAAAUAAAAGGAGAUGUGGAUAUUACAGGUCCCAAGGUAGAGGGAGAUCUGAAAGGCCCUGAAGUUGACCUCAAGGGGCCCAAAGUGGACAUUGAUGUUCCUGAUGUAGACGUUCAAGGCCCAGAUUGGCACCUGAAGAUGCCCAAGAUGAAAAUGCCCAAGUUUGGCAUGCCUGGCUUCAAAGGAGAGGGCCCUGAACUGGAUGUGAGCAUGCCCAAGGCUGACAUUGAUGUCUCAGGACCCAAGGUGGACAUUGAAGGCCCUGAUGUUAACAUUGAAGGACCAGAAGGAAAGUUGAAAGGGCCUAAGUUCAAGAUGCCUGAGAUGAACAUCAAAGCCCCCAAGAUCUCCAUGCCUGACUUUGAUUUGCAUCUGAAGGGUCCCAAGGUGAAGGGUGAUGUGGAUGUUUCUCUGCCUACAGUGGAAGGUGACCUUAAAGGCCCUGAAGUUGACAUUAAGGGCCCCAAAGUGGACGUCAGUGCCCCAGAUGUCGAUGUUCAUGGCCCAGACUGGCACCUUAAGAUGCCUAAGGUAAAAAUGCCCAAGUUCAGCAUGCCCGGCUUCAAAGGAGAGGGUCCAGAAGUGGAUGUGAACCUGCCCAAGGCCGACAUUGAUGUCUCGGGACCCAAGGUGGACAUUGAAGGCCCUGAUGUUAACAUCGAAGGACCAGAGGGAAAGUUGAAGGGGCCUAAGUUCAAGAUGCCUGAGAUGAACAUCAAAGCCCCCAAGAUCUCCGUACCAGAUAUUGAUCUUAACUUGAAAGGCCCCAAAGUGAAGGGUGAUGUGGAUGUAUCUCUGCCAAAAGUAGAAGGGGAUGUGAAAGUUCCUGAAGUGGAUAUUAAAAGCCCCAAAGUGGAUAUCGAUGCCCCAGAUGUGGAUGUUCAUGGACCAGACUGGCACCUGAAGAUGCCCAAGAUCAAAAUGCCCAAGUUCAGCAUGCCUGGCUUCAAAGGUGAGGGCCCAGAAGUUGAUGUGAACCUGCCCAAGGCUGACAUUGAUGUCUCGGGGCCCAAGGUGGACAUUGAUGUUCCAGAUGUUAAUAUCGAAGGUCCAGAUGCAAAACUGAAGGGCCCCAAGUUCAAGAUGCCUGAAAUGAAUAUCAAGGCUCCUAAACUAUCAAUGCCAGAUUUGGACCUUAAUCUUAAAGGCCCUAAAAUGAAGGGAGAGGUGGAUGUUUCACUUCCUAAUGUAGAAGGUGAUUUAAAAGGGCCCACUGUUGACAUAAAGGGCCCAAAAGUAGAUGUAGAUGCUCCUGAUAUUGACAUUCAUGGCCCAGAUGCCAAAUUAAAAGGUCCCAAACUGAAGAUGCCUGAUAUGCAUGUAAACAUGCCCAAGAUCUCCAUGCCAGAAAUUGACUUGAAUUUGAAAGGUUCAAAGCUGAAGGGAGAUGUUGAUAUUUCUGGACCCAAACUGGAAGGUGACAUUAAAGCUCUUAAUAUGGAUGUAAAGGGCCCAGAAGUAGACAUUUCUGGUCCUAAGCUCAAUGUUGAAAGCAAGUCAAAGAAAUCUCGUUUUAAGCUUCCCAAAUUUAAUUUUUCAGGCUCCAAGGUUCAGACACCUGAGGUUGAUGUCAAAGUUAAAAAGCCAGAUAUUGAUGUAACAGGUCCAAAAGUUGAUAUUAAUGCACCUGAUGUUGAGGUCCAAGGAAAAGUGAAAGGAUCCAAGUUUAAAAUGCCUUUCCUGAGUAUUUCUUCUCCCAAAGUUUCUAUGCCUGAUGUGGAGCUAAAUUUAAAAGGUCCUAAAGUCAAAGGUGACUUCGAUGUUGCAGGUCCCAAUUUAGAAGGUGAAUUGAAAGGUCCUAAAGUAGAUAUUAAGGCACCAGAAGUCCAUCUCAACGCACCUGAUGUGGAUGUUCAUGGUCCGGACUGGAAUCUCAAAAUGCCCAAGAUGAAAAUGCCCAAGUUCAGUGUGCCUGGCUUAAAAGCAGAAGGGCCAGAUGUUGCUGUGGAUCUACCAAAAGGAGACGUGAACAUAGAGGGUCCAAGUAUGAACAUUGAGGGCCCAGGAAUCAAUGUGGAAGGUCCAGAGGGAGAGUUAAAAGGUCCCAAAUUCAAGAUGCCUGACAUAAAUGUCAAAGCCCCUAAGAUAUCUGUGCCUGACAUUGACUUAAACCUGAAGGGCCCCAAGGUGAAGGGUGACGUCAAUGUUUCUCUUCCCAAACUUGAAGGGGAUCUAAAAGGGCCAGAGGGUGAUAUCAAAGGCCCAAAAGUGGACAUUGGUGCCCCAGAUGUGGAUGUUCAUGGUCCAGACUGGCACCUAAAGAUGCCCAAGGUAAAAAUGCCCAAGUUCAGCAUGCCUGGCUUCAAAGGAGAGGGUCCUGAAGUGGAUGUUACCCUUCCUAAAGCGCACAUUGACAUUUCUGGACCCAGUGUAGACACUGAUGUUCCAAAUGUGAAUAUUGAAGGUCCAGAUGCAAAGCUGAAGGGCCCCAAGUUCAAGAUGCCAGAGAUGAACAUCAAAGCUCCCAAGAUUUCCAUGCCUGACUUUGAUCUGAACCUGAAGGGACCCAAAAUGAAGGGUGAUAUGGAUGUGUCCUUGCCAAAAGUGGAAGGUGACCUAAAGGGCCCUGAAGUGGACAUCAAGGGCCCCAAAGUGGAUAUUGACACUCCUGAUAUUAACAUUGAAGGCCCAGAGGGCAAAUUGAAGGGGCCCAAAUUUAAGAUGCCAGAGAUGAACUUAAAAGCUCCCAAAAUAUCAAUGCCUGAUAUUGAUUUAAAUCUGAAGGGCCCUAAGAUGAAGGGUGAUGUGGAUGUUUCCCUUCCCAAGAUUGAAGGUGAUCUAAAAGGCCCAGAGGUGGAUAUCAAAGGCCCCAAAGUGGACAUCAGUGCCCCAGAUGUUGAUGUUCAUGGCCCAGACUGGCACCUUAAGAUGCCUAAGGUAAAAAUGCCCAAGUUCAGCAUGCCCGGCUUCAAAGGAGAGGGUCCAGAAGUGGAUGUGAACCUGCCCAAGGCCGACAUUGAUGUCUCAGGACCCAAGGUGGACAUUGAAGGCCCUGAUGUUAACAUCGAAGGACCAGAGGGAAAGUUGAAGGGGCCUAAGUUCAAGAUGCCUGAGAUGAACAUCAAAGCCCCCAAGAUCUCUGUGCCAGAUAUUGAUCUUAACUUGAAAGGCCCCAAAGUGAAGGGUGAUGUGGAUGUAUCUCUGCCAAAAGUAGAAGGGGAUGUGAAAGUUCCUGAAGUGGAUAUUAAAAGCCCCAAAGUGGAUAUCGAUGCCCCAGAUGUGGAUGUUCAUGGACCAGACUGGCACCUGAAGAUGCCCAAGAUCAAAAUGCCCAAGUUCAGCAUGCCUGGCUUCAAAGGUGAGGGCCCAGAAGUUGAUGUGAACCUGCCCAAGGCUGACAUUGAUGUCUCGGGGCCCAAGGUGGACAUUGAUGUUCCAGAUGUUAAUAUCGAAGGUCCGGACGCAAAACUGAAGGGCCCCAAGUUCAAGAUGCCUGAGAUGAACAUUAAAGCCCCCAAGAUCUCCAUGCCUGACUUUGAUUUGCACUUGAAAGGUCCUAAGGUGAAAGGUGAUGUGGAUGUUUCUCUUCCUACAGUGGAAGGUGAUCUAAAGGCCCCUGAAGUUGACAUUAAAGGUCCCAAAGUGGACAUCGAUGCCCCAGAUGUGGAUGUUCAUGGCCCAGACUGGCACCUGAAAAUGCCCAAGGUGAAAAUGCCCAAGUUCAGCAUGCCUGGCUUCAAAGGAGAGGGCCCAGAAGUGGAUGUGAACCUGCCCAAGGCUGACAUUGAUGUCUCAGGACCCAAAGUGGACAUUGAUACUCCUGACAUUGACAUUCAUGGUCCAGAAGGAAAACUGAAGGGUCCUAAGUUUAAAAUGCCUGACCUGCACCUUAAGGCACCCAAGAUCUCUGUGCCUGAAGUUGAUUUGAAUUUGAAGGGUCCAAAAGUGAAGGGAGACGUGGAUGUUUCUCUGCCCAAAGUGGAAGGUGACCUCAAAGGCCCUGAAGUUGACAUCAAGGGGCCCAACGUGGACAUCCAUGCCCCAGAUGUGGAUGUUCGUGGCCCAGAUUGGCACCUGAAAAUGCCCAAGGUGAAAAUGCCCAAGUUCAGCAUGCCUGGCUUCAAAGGAGAAGGUCCAGAAGUGGAUGUGAACCUGCCCAAGGCCGACAUUGAUGUCUCAGGACCCAAGGUGGACAUUGAUGUUCCAGAUGUAAAUAUUGAAGGUCCAGAUGCAAAACUGAAGGGCCCCAAGUUCAAGAUGCCUGAGAUGAAUAUCAGAGCCCCCAAGAUCUCUAUGCCUGAUAUUGACUUAAACUUGAAAGGUCCCAAAGUAAAAGGUGGCAUGGAUGUUUCUCUUCCUAAAGUGGAGGGUGACCUAAAAGGCCCUGAAGUUGACCUCAAAGGCCCCAAAGUGGACAUUGAUGUCCCUGAUGUGGAUGUUCAUGGCCCAGACUGGCACCUGAAGAUGCCCAAGGUGAAGAUGCCCAAGUUCAGCAUGCCUGGCUUCAAAGGAGAGGGCCCAGAAGUGGAUGUUACCCUUCCUAAAGCUGACAUUGACAUUUCUGGCCCCAACGUGGAUAUUGAUACCCCAGAUGUCAAUAUUGAAGGUCCAGAUGCAAAACUGAAGGGCCCCAAGUUCAAGAUGCCAGAGAUGAACAUCAAAGCCCCCAAAAUCUCUAUGCCUGACAUUGACUUUAACUUAAAGGGUCCCAAAGUGAAGGGUGAUGUGGAUGUCUCUCUGCCCAAAGUGGAAGGUGAUCUCAAGGGCCCCAGUGUGGACAUUGAUACUCCUGAUGUCAAUAUUGAAGGUCCAGAAGGAAAAUUGAAGGGACCCAAAUUUAAGAUGCCUGAGAUGAACAUCAAAGCCCCCAAGAUCUCUAUGCCUGACUUUGAUUUACAUCUGAAAGGUCCCAAAGUAAAGGGUGAUGCAGACCUUUCAUUACCUAAGGUGGAAGGUGAUCUGAAAGGGCCAGAGGUGGACAUUGAAGGUCCUGAAGGGAAACUCAAAGGUCCCAAAUUUAAGAUCCCUGAUGUUCAUUUCAAAACCCCACAAAUCUCUAUGAGUGACAUUGAUUUGAACUUGAAAGGACCUAAGAUAAAAGGAGAUGUGGAUGUUUCUAUUCCUAAACUGGAAGGAGAUCUGAAAGGCCCCAAAGUGGAUGUUAAAGGCCCUAAGCUGGACAUAGACACUCCUGACAUUGACAUUCAUGGUCCAGAAGGAAAACUGAAGGGCCCCAAGUUUAAAAUGCCUGACCUGCACCUCAAGGCACCCAAGAUCUCCAUGCCUGAAGUUGAUCUGAAUCUGAAAGGUCCAAAGGUGAAGGGUGAUGUGGAUGUUUCUUUGCCCAAAGUGGAAGGUGACCUCAAGGGCCCCGAUGUUGAUAUCAGAGGUCCUAAAGUGGAUAUUGACAUCCCAGAUGUUGAUGUUCAUGGCCCAGACUGGCACCUGAAGAUGCCCAAGGUGAAAAUGCCCAAGUUCAGCAUGCCUGGCUUCAAAGGUGAGGGCCCAGAUGUGGAUGUGAACCUGCCCAAGGCUGACAUUGAUGUCACAGGACCAAAGAUGGACAUUGAUGUUCCAGAUGUGAAUAUUGAAGGCCCAGAUGCAAAACUGAAGGGCCCCAAGUUCAAGAUGCCUGAGAUGAACAUCAAAGCCCCCAAGAUCUCCGUGCCUGACAUCGACUUACACCUGAAAGGCCCCAAAGUGAAGGGUGAUGUGGAUGCUUCCCUGCCCAAAGUGGAAGGUGACCUCAAAGGCCCUGAAGUUGACAUCAAGGGCCCUAAGAUGGACAUUGAUGUUCCAGAUGUGAAUAUUGAAGGCCCAGAUGCAAAACUGAAGGGCCCCAAGUUCAAGAUGCCUGAGAUGAACAUCAAAGCUCCCAAGAUCUCCAUGCCUGAUAUCGACUUAAACUUGAAAGGUCCCAAAGUGAAGGGAGACAUGGAUGUUUCUCUGCCCAAAGUGGAAGGUGACCUCAAAGGCCCUAAAGUUGACAUCAAAGGGCCCAACGUGGACAUCAAUGCCCCAGAUGUGGAUGUUCAUGGGCCAGACUGGCACCUGAAAAUGCCCAAGGUGAAAAUGCCUAAAUUUAGCAUGCCUGGCUUCAAAGCAGAGGGUCCAGAAGUGGAUGUGAACCUGCCUAAGGCUGACAUUGAUGUCUCAGUACCCAAACUGGACAUUGAUGUUCCAGAUGUUAAUAUUGAAGGUCCAGAUGCUAAACUAAAAGGCCCCAAGUUCAAGAUGCCUGAGAUAAAUAUCAAGGCUCCCAAGAUCUCCAUGCCUGAUGUCGACUUGGAUUUGAAAGGACCCAAAGUAAGAGGAGAUUUUGAUGUAUCUGUCCCUAAGAUGGAAGGUACUUUGAAGGGCCCAGAAGUAGACCUGAAAGGUCCAAGUCUGGAUUUUGAAGGCCCUGAUGCCAAACUCAGUGGCCCAGCUUUGAAGAUGCCAUCAUUGGAUAUAUCUGCUCCUAAAGUAUCUGUUCCUGAUAUUGAUUUACAUCUCAAGGCACCAAAAAUUGGAGUUUCUGGUCCAAAGAUAGAAGGUGGUGAAGUGGACCUCAAGGGGCCCAAAGUGGAUUUAGAAGCUCCAAGCUUAGAUGUACACAUGGAAAGCCCAGAUAUUAAUAUUGAGGGGCCAGAUGUUAAAAUUCCCAAAUUUAAGAAACCCAAGUUUGGAUUUGGGGCAAAAAGCCCCAAAGCUGACAUCAAGUCCCCUUCACUAGAUGUGACUGUUCCUGAGGCAGAGCUGAACCUUGAGACUCCUGAAAUUAGUGUUGGUGGCAAGGGCAAGAAAAGUAAGUUUAAAAUGCCUAAAAUUCAUAUGAGUGGGCCUAAAAUUAAGUCCAAAAAACAGGGAUUUGAUUUGAAUGUUCCUGGGGGUGAAAUUGAUGCCAGUCUCAAGGCUCCUGAUGUGGAUGUCAACGUCUCGGGACCGGAUGCUGCACUCAAAGUCGAUGUGAAAUCUCCCAAAACCAAGAAACCUAUGUUUGGAAAAAUGUACUUCCCAGAUGUAGAGUUUGACAUUAAAUCACCUAAAUUUAAAGCUGAGGCCCCCCUCCCUAGCCCCAGAAUGGAGGGUGAAAUCCAGGCACCUGAUCUGGAUAUUUCUUCGCCAGGGAUUAAUGUUGAAGGUCCUGACAUCAAGGUAAAGGCUCCCAAGUUCAAGAUGCCAGGUGUGGAUGUCUCAGGGCCAAAAAUAGAGGGUGAUUUGAAAGGCCCCAGGGUGCAGGCAAACUUGGGCGCACCUGACAUCAAUGUCGAAGGCCCUGAUGCUAAAGUCAAAGCACCAUCUUUUGGCAUUUCCGCCCCUCAAGUCUCCAUCCCUGAUGUGAAUGUGAACUUGAAAGGACCAAAGAUAAAGGGUGAUGUCCCCAGUGUGGGACUGGAAGGACCAGACAUAGAUCUGCAAGGUCCAGAAGCAAAAAUCAAGUUCCCCAAGUUUUCGAUGCCCAAGAUUGGUGUCCCUGGUGUGAAAAUGGAAGGUGAGGGUGCUGAGGUCCAUGCCCAGCUUCCCUCUCUUGAAGGAAGCUUGAGUGCACCAGAUGUUAAGCUUGAAGGGCCUGAUGUCUCUCUAAAGGGGCCAGGAGUAGACUUGCCUUCAGUGAACCUCUCUAUGCCAAAAGUCUCUGGGCCUGACCUUGACCUGAACUUGAAAGGACCAAGUAUGAAGGGAAACGUGGAUGCAUCUGUUCCCAGCAUGAAGGUGCAUGCUCCAGGGCUCGACCUCAGAGGUGUGGGUGGAAAGGUGCAGAUAGGAGGAGACGGUGUGAAAGUGCCGGGGAUCGAUGCCACGACAAAACUUAACGUUGGGGCACCAGACGUAACACUGAGGGGACCAAGCCUGCAGGGAGACCUCGCUGUCUCUGGUGACAUCAAAUGCCCUAAAGUAUCUGUAGGAGCUCCUGAUCUAAGCUUGGAGGCAUCUGAAGGCGGUAUUAAACUUCCUAAAAUGAAGCUGCCCCAAUUUGGCAUCUCUACUCCAGGGUCUGACUUGGACAUUAAUGUCAAGGGGCCACAAGUUGCUGGAGAACUAAAGGGGCCAGGCAUGGAUGUGAACCUGAAAGGGCCUCAGAUUUCAGCACCGGACAUGGACUUAAACUUGGAAGGACCAAAGGUGAAGGGGAGCCUUGGGGCCACUGGUGACAUGAAAGGCCCCACUGUCGGAGGAGGUCUUCCAGGCGUGAGUGUUCAGGGCCUAGAAGGAAACUUCCAAAUGCCUGGAAUUAAGUCCUCUGGAUGUGAUGUGACCCUGCCAGGUGUGAACGUGAAACUCCCAACUGGGCAGAUUUCUGGUCCUGAAAUCAAAGGCGAUCUGAAAAGUUCAGGAGUAGGUUUCCAUGGGGCUGCUCCUGACAUCAGUGUGAAGGGGCCUUCCUUCAGCAUGGCAGCUCCUGAGUCAGAUCUUGGCGUCAGCUUGAAGGGCCCGAAAAUCAAAGGAGGUGUGGACGUUUCAGGAGGUGUCAGUGCCCCAGAUAUCAGCCUGGAUGCAGGGCAUAUGAGUGUCAAAGGUUCCGGGGGUGACUGGAAGGGACCCCAGGUUUCCUCUGCUCUCAACUUGGACACAUCUAGGUUUGCUGGGGGCCUUCAUUUCUCAGGACCAAAGGUAGAAGGAAGUGUGAAAGGAGGUCAGAUUGGACUUCAGGCUCCGGGGCUGAGUGUGUCUGGGCCUCAAGGUCACCUGGAAAGUGGAUCUGGAAAAGUAACAUUCCCCAAGAUGAAGAUCCCCAAGUUUACCUUCUCUGGCCGCGAGCUGGUUGGCAGAGAAGUGGGGGUGGAUAUUAACUUCCCUAAAGCAGAGGCCAAUAUCCAGGCUGGUGCCGGAGAAGGCGAGUGGGAGGAGUCCGAAGUAAAACUUAAAAAAUCCAAAAUCAAAAUGCCCAAGUUUAAUUUUUCCAAACCUAAAGGGAAAGCUGGUGUCACUGGCUCACCGGAAGCAUCCAUUUCUGGGUCCAAAGGUGACCUGAAAAGUUCAAAGGCCAGCCUGGGCUCUCUGGAAGGGGAGGCAGAGGCUGAAGCCUCUUCACCCAAAGGCAAAUUCUCCUUAUUUAAAAGCAAGAAGCCACGGCACCGCUCAAAUUCAUUCAGUGAUGAGAGAGAGUUCUCUGCACCUUCCACCCCCACGGGGACUUUGGAGUUUGAAGGAGGGGAAGUGUCGUUGGAAGGCGGGAAAGUGAAAGGGAAACAUGGAAAGCUGAAAUUCGGUACCUUUGGUGGAUUGGGGUCGAAGAGCAAAGGUCAUUAUGAGGUGACUGGGAGUGAUGAUGAGGCAGGCAAGUUACAGGGGAGUGGAGUGUCCUUGGCCUCUAAGAAGUCCCGACUGUCCUCUUCUUCUAGCAAUGACAGUGGGACUAAAGUUGGCAUCCAGCUUCCUGAGGUGGAGCUGGCAGUGUCCACAAAGAAAGAGUAGAGGCCUCUGUAUGUGUGUACAUAUACAUAUAUAGCAAAACAUCAGCCCGGCGUGUUUGUAUAUAAACCUCAGAGAGAAACACGCCGACAGCCUCAGCAAUAAUGCAAAGAUUUUGCCUCUCCCGCUGGCAAGCGCUGAAAAACCAACCGCCUUUAGGCUCCUGGAACUAUACAACUAGGUAAAGAAUUCCAAGUUCGUCCAGCCCACGUGCAAAAUCAGCAGUAUUUGCCUUAAGAUUUCAGGUUUUUUUUUUUGCAUUGAACGCUGAGAGCUCCUGUUUACUAAGCAAGCUUUUGUGUUUUUAUUAUCCUCAUUUUUCCUGAACAUUGUUAGCCUCGGGGUAUUGGAAACCCACUUUUUCAUUGUAAUGACUUUUGGGGCUUUUGUUAGUAAGGGGGGGGUGGGGUAAUAGGCAGCAGAGGGGGCCACAUCUCCAUUUCUCCUAAGAUUGGAUCCAUUCAAACAGCAAAUCCCCAAAGACAGCCAGAGGAGGCAGCAGCCUGCUGUGGGGGUGUUUUUAGAGCUCUUUAGCAUUGCUUUUCCCCCAGGGGUGGCGGUCCCAGCUGGUUUGGUGCUGACGGGAAGAGGGAAUUAAAAUCUGUUUGCAAAUUGUCCAACCCACCAGCUCAACAUGAGGGGCUCCAGUCUGUGUUUUGUAAGAGAAAUGUUUUAUUCACAACCGCCGUGCUCCUGAUACUCUGAUUUCUUUUAACACAUGUUAUCAUGAUUAAGAAAUUUUCCAGCACUUUAAUGGCAAAUUAAUUGAGAAUGUAAGAAAAUCGAUGCUGUACAAGGCAAAUAAAGUUGUUUCUUAACCCUGA